AGAGCGCGAUGGCGGCGGCGGCGGCGGCGGCGGCGGCCGGCGGGGGCGGCGGGGAGCGGAGCAGCACCCGGGACCGGCUCCUGGCGGCACUGGAGGACCUGGAGCUCUUGGCCAGGGAACUAAUAGAAAUUUUGGCAAUUUCGAGAAACCAAAAGCUUCCACAACCGGGAGAGGAGAGCCAGAUCCUGGAACUGCUGAUUCAGAGAGAUGGAGAGUUUCAAGAGCUAAUGAAGUUGGCAGUUGAUCAGGGAAAAAUCCAUCAUGAAAUGCAGCUUUUAGAAAAGGUUGUAGAAAAGCGGGAUAAUGAUAUUCAGCAGCUGCAGAAACAACUAAAAGAAGCAGAGCACAUACUGGCAACAGCUGUUUAUCAAGCAAAGGAAAAACUGAAAUCAAUUGAAAAGGCACGGAAAGGUGCCAUUUCCUCUGAAGAAAUAAUUAAAUAUGCCCAUAGGAUCAGUGCUAGCAAUGCUGUUUGUGCCCCUCUGACAUGGGUACCAGGGGACCCACGUAGGCCAUAUCCUACAGAUCUGGAAAUGAGGAGUGGUCUCUUGGGUCAGAUGAACAACCCAUCCACCAAUGGAGUUAAUGGACACUUACCAGGGGAUGCACUUGCAGCGGGCAGACUGCCAGAUGUGCUUGCUCCUCAGUAUCCUUGGCAGUCAAGUGAUAUGUCAAUGAACAUGCUACCUCCUAAUCAUAGUAAUGACUUCAUGUUGGAGCCUCCAGGACACAACAAAGAGAAUGAAGAUGAUGUAGAAGUUAUGUCAACAGACUCCUCAAGCAGCAGCAGUGACUCAGACUAGGUACAAGAGGGACAGUAUCCCUAGUAGACCUUUCCUGUGGUGAAGGUAGGUUGGAUGCUGUUUGUCACAAACUGCAAUGUCCUUUUGUUACGCCAGCAGCCUUUUGUAGGGACAAGAUAACAGCUGGCUCAGAAAUAGGGUGACUAAUUUAAAAACCACGGACUGUAGAUUUUGUUUUUCCGUUACAUAUUCAAGUAAAAUGACUGGGAGCUUUCUGCUGGGGAGAGAUGUAAGAUUUUCAGUGAUUGUAUGAAUGUGUAUGUUUGCAAGAGACACGUGUGUAAAUAUAUAUGUAUUCACUAUACAUUAGAUGACAAAAGUUCCUGGGAAAAAAGGUGUAAGGGGAAUCCCCUUGUAUGUUUGUUAGUAACUUUAAUCUUUUGAUGAUAACCUUUUCUAUGCCACAGAAAUGAGACAUGAAGUUUGUAAUUUUAGUAUCUGUUUUUUUGUUACUGCCUAAAUCCACAUUCUUGAUCAUCUGUUUACCAAGAACAAAAAUACGGCAAUAAGGUGUAAAAAAAGUUUGUAAUUAUUGUAUUAUAUAAUGAAUGAUUUGUUAUAAAUAAACUCAGCUUUGAUCUAACUUUAA